AUGAAUAUUGGAGUUGCCCACAGUGAAGUGAAUCCAAAUACCCGUGUGAUGAAUAGCCAGGGUAUGUGGCGGACAUAUGCAUUGGGAGUUGGCUUGCUUUAUAUUGUCUUACUCAUAAUUCCCUUCUUCAGUGCUCCUGUUUGGACCUUAACAAAAAUAAUACAUAAUUUGGGCCCAUAUGUAUUUUUGCAUGCACUGAAAGGAACACCUUUUGAAGCUCCUGACCAAGGGAAAGGAAGGCUCCUAACACACUGGAAACAACUAGACUAUGGAGUACAGUUUACAUCAUCUCUUAACUUUUAUCUCUACAGAUACUUUCUGACAAGUUUCUAUACGAAGUAUGAUUCAACUCACUUCAUCCUAAACACGGUUUCUCUCCUGAGGGUACUUAUUCCAAAGAUACCACACCUACAUGGUAUUCGGACCUUUGGAAUUAAUAAGUAUUGAAAUGUUAUACAAUUAAACAAAAUUGUUAAAACUACUGAGUUUCUUGUAAGGAAGGAGGAGUUAGUAAAUCACACUGUU